UCUGUGUCCAAGAGGCAGAACACAAUAGCCAAAGAUUGUGUAUACAAUGUCAGGCGGGACACCACUGGGAAGGCACCGUGCGCCUCCUCCUUCCCAAACAUUGAAAAAGAGAGGACACCCGAGUCCGUCCUUUUAGGUCUUGGUUCCUCUUCGGGUUACGACAUGAGGAUGAAAUACUCUUUGGGGCUUCCUUUACUUUCCCUGUGUGUUCUCUCCUCGGCCAGCGGCAACCUGAUUCAGUUUGCAGAUAUGAUUCGGCAAGUGACAGGCAGGCUCCCAUCUCUGUUCUACAACGGGUACGGCUGCUACUGUGGACUGGGGGGAUCUGGACAGCCUCUGGAUGACACAGACUGGUGCUGUCAAGCCCACGACUGCUGUUACGAGAAAAUGUCCUCUCUCGGCUGCGACCCGAAAAUGGAGAUUUUUUCCUACUCCAUCCGGAAGGGCGCCGUUGUCUGCCACGGGAAGACCCUGUGCCAGAGGAUGAUUUGCGAAUGCGACAAGACAGCCAGCCUGUGUUUCCGGACGGCCUCGGCUUCGUAUCGCGUCAGAAACAUGUUUUACCCAAACAUCCUGUGCAAAGGGGCGAGGCCGCCGUGCUAGGAAGGCUGCUCUCUGUACUACUUGCGGUCAUCAUGGUCCUCUAUUUUAUUUUUUCCAAAGAGAACAUGCAAGUCUUAAUUUGCCUCCUUAUUUCAGUUCUUCUUCGGCUUUACUUGGUGGGACAAAAGGAGAACUCCCAUCAAGGAAGAGAAACUUCCUUUUCCACAGCCUGUCGGUACAGAAGAAAAUCUCAAAGGCUGAAUGGAGCUGUUCCACUUAAAAGAGACCCAUUGACUCCAUGAAAGUGCAGUAGCACCCCAGUAUCCACAGGAUCCAUAUCCACUGAUUCACUUAUCCACAGUUUGAAAAUGUUUUUUUUCAAAUGUAAGGAGAAAA